AUGACUCCGAGACGUGGUAAUGCGACUCGGAGCCGAUCUUGUUCUGCGGGUGAUACCAUACCCCACCCCGAGUUUUGCGGUUCCAGCAUCGGCGCGGGCGGCGGCGCGAUGAACUCGUCGACUCCACCUCGUCCCCACACCGACAGUAGCGGCGGCGAUACUAUCCGUCGAUCUGCCGCGAGUGGCGCGCCGCCGUCGCGUGUGCGCGCCGCCGAAUGCCGCAUCGAGAGCGAAACCAGGAGCGCGACGUCGUCGCCAGCAGAGAUCUCCCCCGGGCUUCCGCCACUGCUUUCCGAAGCCGCACCGCGCAGCCCACACGGGGACGUCGUUCCGCGGUCGGCGCGCGGACUGACGGUGCCUAGUCUCGUGGUUCGGGAGAAAACCCCCCCCGGAGCCGCGGGGUUUGCGGCGGUGGUUGCGCCUUCCGCCGCCGUGCGCAGCCCGAACGCGGAAGCUGUUCGGCGGAAAGCCGAGUCGUCGCUCGAGAUGGACGCGGAGUGGCGCGACGAAGCGCUGGCGGCUUUCGCCGCGGAGUCUGCGAUCCGCGCGCGCCCGGGCGGAAGCCGCAAGUCGAAGGAAGGCGCACGCGGAACCUCAGGCGACGAGGGCGAAAAGGAUCAUCGGGAGUCAGUCGCGGCGGAAAGCAGCGCCGCCUCCGCGGCGGAUAGCGGUUCCCCUGGCGCCGAUUACUCGUCUGACGACAGCAGCCUUGGCGGGGACGGUGGCGGCGGAUGCUUCCCCCUCUUGCGCUUCGGCCACCACGGAGGGAAAAAUGCGGCGGCGACCGCAUGCAAGAUACUUACCGCCGCAGCCGGUUCCGCGGCGGCCACAGGUGUUCCGCCGCCUGCGCGCGGCGGACCUUCCGCCGAUCUCUUCCGCGUGCGCGGCGGGCGCUCGCGGUCGCACUCGGACGCGAGAUCUCCUCGCGAGACGAGCCGCGCUGGCGAUGGUGGUAGUAGUAGCGAGGGCGUUGGCGGCAGCAGAAGCAGCAGAAGCAAUGGCAAACGCAGCUCUGGAGAUGGUGGUAGUCCUGAGGGCAGCCAUGGCGGUAGUAUGAGCAUUGGCGACGGAAGGGGGAGCGGAAGGGGAGGCGGAAGGGGAAGGGGAGGCGGAGGGGGAGGCGGAGGGGGAAGCGGAGGGGGAGGCGGAAGGGGAGGCGGAGGGGAAUGGGGAGCAGAUCUUUCGUUUGGGGGGAAAGCGACAGGUGGCGAAGCAGCAAAGGCAGCAGGAGCAGCGGCGCUGGCGGCUUGGCAAAAGCUCCCCUCCUCUUCCCCCGCCUCCAGCGACACUUCCCCCUCUCCGCAUCUGCUCGCAAUGCUGUCUCCGCCUCUUGCGCCCCAUACUUCCCAGCCCCAACCGCCCGAUACGCCCCAUCAGCCCCAUAUUUCCCUCCCCCAUACUCCCAAUGCUCCUCAUUCGCCCCAUCCACCCGCGUCACCGUCGCCUCGCCUUGCACCUUCCCCACGACUCACCCGACUGCUCGUCUUCUCCACUGCUCCACAUGCUCCGCCUGGUCAGCCGCCCGCGCACGGCCAUCAUCGCACCGCCCGUAGAGCCGCGUCCGCGUCAGAACGCGAUUUCAGGGCCUUGGAGGCGUUAGAGGGUUCAGCGGCAAGCGUUAGCGACCGCACUGCGAUGGGCAUUGGCAAUCACCGCACUGAGCGCAUCAACCGCAGAGCAGGGUCCGUGAUAGAACGCGAUUCUGGCACCUUCGAGGCGUUGGAGGGUUCAGCGGCAAGCGUUAGCAAUCAUGGAGGGUGCACUGAGCGCACUGUGAUGGGCAUUGGCAAUCACCGCACCGCCCGCAGAGCAGGGUCCGUGAUAGAACGCCGUUCCGGAUCUUUCAGAGCCUUGGAGGCGUUAGAGGGUUCAGAGGCAAGCCGUAGCAAAGGCACUGAGCACACUGUAAUGAUUGGCAAUCACCGCACGGCACGCAGAGCAGGCUCCGUGAUAGAACGCGAUUCUGGCACUUGCGAGGCGUUAGAAAGUGUAGAGACAAGCUUUAACAGCAAUCAUCGCACUGCCCGCAGAGCCGGCUCCGUUAUAGAACGCGAUUCCGGGGCUUUCAGAGCUUUCAAAGAUUUCAAAGAUUUCGAGGCAGGUUCUGGCAAGUAUGAUGCGAGGUUAGCUUGCAAUCCCCGCAGCAGACCUGGGUUCGCUACAGAACGCACCACUCCACAUUCCGCCACUCCCCCUUCCGCCACUCCCCCUUCCGCCACUCCCCUUUCCCCCACUUCCCGUCCCGCCACUCCCCUUUCCCCCACUUCCCGUUCCGCCACUCACCUUUCCGCUGUAACUCGUUCCAAGUCUGCCCCUGGGAGCGUACGCAGCUGUCCCCCACGCAAAACUCCUGCCACUCCCCCUUCCGCCACUCCCCCUUCCGCCACUCCCCCUUCCCCCACUUCCCCUUCCGCCACUCCCCUUGCCCCCGUGACCCGUUCCAAGUCCGCCCCUGGGAGCGUACGCAACUGUCCCUCAAGCCAAACUCCUGCCACAUUCCCUUCCCCCUCCUUUUCCCAUUCCCCGUCCCCCUCCUUUUCCCUCUCCCCUUCCCGCUCCCCUUCCCUCACCCUUUCCCCACCCACCCUAGCCCCCCCGACCUCCCCCCAUGCGCCUCUGCCUUCCCCUCCCCCCCCACCGUUCCGCCAACACAGGCCCUCCCCAACCAAUUUCCCCUGCACACCCCAGACUCAACCAGACCCUUCCGCCUCUUCCCCCCAUACCCCCACCUCCCCCUGCCAUUCCCCCACCUUCCCCUGCCUCAUCCCCACUGAGCCUCCCCCCAAUCUCCCCCCCAUCUCACCAUCCAAGCCCCCCCGCUUCCCCACGCGUUCCCCCAGGAUUUCCCCCUCUUCCUCUGUUGGGGAGAGGUUGGGUGAAGAUGCAGCGGGACAGUGGGAUGGAUUUGGCAGGGGAAAGGAGGACAGCCAGGGUUCCGCUUCCUCUGUUUCCGAGGCGCCUCAGGAAGGAGUAUUUAGGGAGUUGCGUUCCGAGAGCGGAGCCAGAUUCACAACAGGUGACGAGGAUAGACCAAGACCAGGAUGGACACGAGUUGAUGAGGCCGGAGCAUGA